AUACUGCUAUAUAUUGCCCUGACCGAAUUCUUUUUAGACGGAGAAGAUUUCGAAAUAGUAUAGAGCAACAAAUUAAUUAGGUAUAUAUGAAGAUUCAAAAUCUACUUGUCACAAGCCUCGUAGCCCUCACAUUUUUGCCGCCGUACAUUCAAAGUUUGAAGCCAUGUCAUUACUCUACUAUGCUAAACAGGAGUAGAUUUCCGGCUGGUUUUCUAUUUGGAGCAGGGUCAAGUUCCUACCAGAUUGAGGGAGCAGCUUUUGCAGAUGGUAAAACAGAAAGUAUCUGGGACAUUUUUGUGAUACAAAAUUCAGAUAAGAUUUCGGACCAUAGUACUGGGGAUGUAGCCGAUGAAUUUUAUUAUCUCUUUAAGGAGGAUGUUGCUGCGAUGAAAGAAAUAGGUUUGGACACAUUCAGAUUCUCCAUCUCAUGGCCUAGAGUAUUACCAAAGGGAAAGAUCAGCGGGGGAGUGAAUCGGAAAGGUGUCGAUUUCUAUAAUUCUCUUAUCAGUCAGCUCCUAUUGAAUGGUAUUGAACCCUUCGUCACAUUAUUCCAUUGGGAUCUUCCACAGGUCCUGGAAGAUGAGUAUGGUGGAUUUUUGAGCCCUGAGAUUGUGGAUGAUUUUCGUGACUAUGCUAAUUUCUGCUUCCAAGAAUUUGGCGACAGAGUUAAGUACUGGAUCAGUUUGAAUGAGCCUAAUUUAUUCAGUAGCGCUGGGUACGCAACCGGAGCCUAUCCACCUGGUCGUUGUUCCUACUACGUUGAAAAUUGCACUCAAGGAAACUCUGCAACAGAACCCUAUUUAGUGGCCCACCACAUGAUUCUUUCUCAUGCUACUGCAGCAAAUUUAUACAGGCACAAGUAUCAGGCUUCCCAAAAGGGGAUAAUUGGGAUAACAAUGAACACAGUAUGGCAAAUACCUAAAUAUAAAACAGUUUCAUGCAGAAAAGCAGCACUCAGAUCUCUCAAUUUCUAUUUCGGAUGGAUUGUUCAUCCAUUGACGCUUGGUGAUUAUCCAAAGAUCAUGAGAAAAAUAGUUGGGAACAGAUUGCCGAAUUUUACAGAUGCACAAUCCAUUCUGAUAAAAGGUUCCCUGGAUUUUGUUGGAAUAAAUUACUAUACGACGAGGUAUGCAGAAAACUAUAAUUUUAACAGCUGCCUCCUAAGUUACACAACCGAUAGUCACGUUAAAGAAACUGUGGAGAAAAAUGGGAUUCCUAUUGGUGAAUUGGUAGGAGAUAACUGGAUUUAUAUGUAUCCUAGAGGACUCCUUGAGGUUUCACUAUAUGUAAAGAGAACAUACAAGCUUCCUAUUUACAUCACAGAGAAUGGAAUGGCGGACACAAAUAACAGAUCCUUGCCGGUUAAAGAGGCCCUUGAGGAUUGCAUGAGGAUAACAUACCACCAACUUCAUCUAUCAUAUCUUCUACAAGCUAUCAAGUUGGGAGCCGACAUUAGGGGAUACUCUGUAUGGUCAUUUCUUGAUGACUUCGAGUGGUCUUUUGGUUACACGUUACGGUUUGGCUUCAUUUAUAUAGAUUACAGCGAUGGACUGAAAAGAUAUCUCAAAAACUCUGCUUUAUGGUACAAAAAUUUCUUAGAAAAGAAAAAUGUAACCACCAAUCAAUCUUCGUUGCUAUUCUCAGCAUAAAUAAAAAUGAUUUUAAUAUUUAUCAAAAAAUAUAUAUUAAGUUUACAAAUGUAAAGAUUAAAAUCUAUAUUACAUAAAACUAAUUGAUUUGUAUUAAAGUCUAAUCUACAACACUUAUAUAUCACUCUCUUAUUUUUUUAUUUAUUAGAUAUGAGACUUUUAGUCUCCAACACCUCUGCUCAAGUGCAACCACUUAGGUGUUAGAUU